CUGUGGGAUACCCGGCAAUAUUUGGCAAUCUUGAGCAUUAUUCAAGCUUGCUCAUCUGUUGGCUCUGGCAGUGUAGCGCACAGUCUGCUCAACAAACAACAUCACCAUGUCCGCCGAAGAGAAGGGGACGGCGGCGACCGACGUCACACAUCCCAGUCAUGAAGUCCACGGCGAUGAGGCCAACGUGCCUCUAGACUUGCCCGCAGGCUGGAAGUACAAGCAGAUUAGCAUUUUCGGCUACAAGCUGCCUUGGUACGCGUCGCCCCGCGUCCAGCUUCUCAUGGUUGCUUUUGUUUGCUUCAUGUGUCCCGGAAUGUUCAACGCUCUUGGUGGUUUGGGAGGUGGUGGUCGUGCCAGCGCGACCUUGGCCGACAACAUGAACACCGCCCUCUACAGCGCAUUCGCUGUCUUCGGUUUCUUCGGUGGCACCAUCGUCAACAAGCUUGGUGUUAAGUGGACUCUCGCUUUCGGUGGUAUCGGCUACGGCAUCUAUGCCAUCAGCCUGCUGGUUUCCGUCCACAAGACCGAACAGGGUUUCAGUAUCUUCGCUGGUACCUUCCUCGGUAUCUGUGCCGGUCUCCUGUGGACUGCUCAGGGCACCAUCAUGAUCUCCUACCCCAACGAGCAAGAGAAGGGCCGAUACUUUGCCUGGUUCUGGGCCAUCUUCAACAUGGGCGCUGUCUUGGGCAGUCUCAUUCCUCUCGGCGAGAACAUCCAUCUUAGCUUGACGGCGCACUCUGUCAACGACGGCACCUACAUCGGAUUCAUUGUCCUCAUGUUCUUCGGCGCUUUCCUGGCAACUUUGCUUUGCAAUGCUGGCGACAUCAUCCGACCCGACGGCUCUAAAGUCAUUCUGAUGAAGCACCCCAGCUGGGUGUCCGAGUUUGUCGGCCUCUGGGAGACCCUGCGAUGGGAGCCUCUCAUCAUCCUGCUCUUCCCCAUGUUCUUCGUCUCCAACUGGUUCUACGUCUACCAGCAGAACGCCGUUAACGGUGCCGUCUUCAACGUCCGAACCAGAGCUCUGAACAGUCUCUUGUACUGGCUUGCACAGAUCAUCGCUGCCGGUAUCUGGGGAUCACUUCUUGACUUCCAUUCCGUUCGUCGUUCUCUUCGUGCCAAGAUCACCUGGGUUGUUCUCGUCGUUCUCACCUUCGCCAUCUGGGGUGGUGGUUACGCCUUUGAGAAGACCUAUACCCGCGAGGAUGUCGAUCCUGAACCUCCCACCAACUACGUCGGCAAGGAUUGGAGCGACUCUGGCUACGUCGGUAUCAUGUUCUUGUACUUCUUCUAUGGAUUCUUUGACGCUGCUUGGCAGGCUAGUGUCUACUGGCUUAUGGGUGCUCUCUCCAACUCCGGCCGUCGCUCUGCCAACUACGUAGGAUUUUACAAGGGCAUCCAGUCCGUUGGUGCCGCUGUGGUCAACAACCUCGACGCUCGCCAUCUGUCUUUCAAGACUGAGUUCAUCAGCAACUGGUCCCUUCUCGCUGGCUCUCUCGUCUUUGCUGCCCCUGUUAUUUUCUUCAAGAUCAAGGAUCAUAUUUCCGUCGAGGAGGAUCUUCAGGGCACUGAUGAGACGGUUGCUGAUGUUCUCCCGUCCGGACAUCCUGAGAAGAAUGUCGAUGUAUAGACGUGCCCAUAAACGGCUGUCGACAUGUCACACCGAUUCUCCAGUUUUGUAACGCAAGGAUUGCGAGUCAAUUCGAAAGUUAGCCAUCACAGGGAUAGGGUGUUAGUCUUUGAUCAGACCAGUGUGUGAGCAUUACAAAGACAUUUAAGGAAGAUUUAGUUAUAAUAUAUUUAAUAUUACCGUGAACG